GCACAUUUUAAGAGACCUCCAGCAGGACAGAAGGCCGAGUCGCCCACACUCCCCGCGGUCACGGUCUGCAAGUGAGCGGAUCUGCGCGUGACUUGCUCGCUAAGAAGAACCACGCGGCGAAGCGACUCGAUUGACGACAGCCCACGCACCGUGGGGUCCUGAACAGGCCGAGCUCCGCCCUCCCCGCCGCCAGCCCGGGCGAUGAAGUCUUGCAAGCCCAGCGGCCCCUCGGCAGGCGCGCGCGCCGCAGCCCCUUGCGCCGGCGGCGGGACCGAGUGCGCAGGCGCGUGCGCCGGGGCCGGGCGGCUGGAGAGCGCGGCGCGCAGGCGCCUGGCGGCCAACGCGCGCGAGCGGCGCCGCAUGCAGGGGCUCAACACCGCCUUCGACCGCCUGCGCAGGGUGGUGCCCCAGUGGGGCCAGGAUAAAAAGCUGUCCAAGUACGAGACCCUGCAGAUGGCGCUGAGCUACAUCAUGGCCCUCACCCGCAUCCUGGCCGAGGCCGAGCGGUUCGGCUCCGAGCGGGACUGGUCCAACCUCCACUGUGAGCACUUCGGCCGCGACCACUACCUGGCCUUCGCGGGCGCCAAGCUGCAGGGCGACGGCGAGCCCUACGGCCAGAGGCUCUUCGGCUUCCAGCCGGAGCCCUUCCCGAUGGCCAGUUAGGACGCGCGGGGUCGACCCGCGGGGUCCCCCUUACCCCCCCCCCCCGAUGGCA